AUGGCAAGUACCAAUGUUUCAAUUGUAGAAGGUCAUUUUGACCCAAAUAUUCCACAAAUUUUACCACACGACAAAAUGUACAAUAUUCAAAUCGGCACAAAAUUAUUCAAAAUAUCUGGUGCUUCCCUUUCCUCAGAUGGACCAAGCUAUUUCACCAAUUAUUUUAUAAAAAAGGAUUCAGAAAAUAAUCAGAACAAUAAUUCAGAAUCCCCAAGAUCAUAUGUAUCCGGUUCAACUUCAACUUCAACUUCAAUUUUCAGUGGAGUUCUUUCUUCGAAUUUUCGUCAAUCCAAUGAUAUUUUAUUUAUUGACCGGUCUCCACAGAUCUUUUCCUUAAUUUACCAACAUUUGCAAGGUUAUUUCAUAAAUAUUAAAGAUGAAGUAGAAUACACCAUGUUAAUAGCAGACGCAGUCUAUUAUAAUUUGCCUCGUUUGAAAGCUCUUCUUAAGAAUUCCGAAUAUUUUUAUUCAAGAAUCGGCGACAGAUCAUUUAAAUUUCCUAAAGAACUUCUGAGAAGAAAUGGCGAUAAUCAAAAUUAUUUCCAAGUUACCACAGAUUCCUUAUAUCUCGAUGUCGAAAAUUUGAUCCUGGUGAAAAAACUGUUAAGACCUCCACCUCAUUCCUAUUCCUUUGUCCCAAGAUCGCCUGUAUAUUUUGAAAUGCUAUUAGAUCUGCUGAACGGUUGCAGAAUUCAUCUUGAUGAUGAGCUAAGGGAGUCAUUGAUACAAGAAUGUAAAUUUUAUAGAUUUUUAAAUUUAGAACAAAGGUUAAUUAAAUGUCAUGUCGAAUACAAUCCAUUUCUAAACACAGAAGAGAUUUGUUUAAAUUUAUAUAAAGUUGUGAAACGUGGAUUGGUCGUGCCUAAUUACUCAGUAUUAGAUGACACAACAAAUACAUAUAUACUUAAUAUUAAAACAAAAUUAUCUGACUCUGGUAUAACUAUUAAACACUCUGAUAAUAACAACAACAAUAAUGAAAACGUGUCUUAUAUUAAUUCCAUACAAAAUUAUGAUGUGAUAUCUGAUAAUCAUACAGUGAUACCCUGCACAAUGCAAGUGUUAGAUAUAUUUGAAGUAUCUGAUAACGUUAAUAGUAAUGGCAAUAAUAACAAUGAUGUUUCUGAAUUAAAGUUAGUCACUAGAGAACCAUCUUUAAAGAAACCUAAAUUAAAAGAUAAUGCUAUAAACCAUCAUCUGAUAAAAGAGCCAUCCACAAUUGUUUCUAAUUGGAAUUUUGUAAGUUAUAAAAGGCCAUUCAUUGAUGAUUAUGAAAGAGUUCUUAAUUUCCAAUUAAACACGAAAGAAUGUUCAAUAUUAUUCAAUAAGGUUGAUUCAAAAGUAUACUUAAACCUCACUGGAAAUAUUGCUAAGAAAUUCGAGUCCGUAUUCGGGUCCACUCUAUUGAAAUUGAAAAAUGUCAAUUUACAAGAUUACAAAAUUAAUUAUUCAACUCCUGAAAUAACAACCAACAACAAUGUUGAUAGUAUUAGGAAACACAAUUUUAUAAGAUCCGAUGCAAAUCUAGUUAUACCUGCAUGCCUAGAUUUUGCAAAUAUUGUAAUUAAUGAUCAAAGCUAUUUGGGGAAUCUUAAUGAAUAUUUCAAUAAGAUAAUGGAAAAUACAUUAAACUUAGGGAAUUCAACUAAAUUUUCUAAAUAUGCACAAGAACAACGUUUAUAUCUAUCCAAAUCCAUUUGGAAACUGGCGAUCGAUUCUUCAAGCAAAUCUAUUGUUCUUUUAGCAGUCAAAUUACAGGCAUACACUACUUUGAAAGUAUGGGGUCAGCAAUUAGAAUUUUUAUGA